UACAUUUCAGAUUUGAUUAAAGGAGCUGCGUUGCUACGUCGGGAAUCCUGUCAGUAUUUCCAAAUACCGAGCUUCUCUGACGAAAUGAUGUGCGACACCGCAAACCGCAGUUUUCGGACGCAGCUGGCCACGAUUCUGGACAAGCUAACAAAGGCGGCUCUGGUCGAAAUAGGCAAUCUGGCUGACGAGUGCUCCUCCGUCCUUCACACCGAGAUAUCUCUGCACAAGACGGAGAAUGAGGCGCUGAAGAAGAGGUGUUACUCACUGGAGGUCCAGCUGAGAGCAGCGAGGGAGGCACAGACGUACCCUGAACAUGUCAACAACAGCGUCAGCCGCCGGUAUCCUGCAGAACAACAUCAAUCUGCUCCAGCCAUCGAUGGAGUUUUUGGGAAAGACUGGUGCAUGGACCUGUGGAGAGAAGAGAAGCUGCCCUCUCAAAGAAGAGAACCAGUGGAGAUUGCUGCUACGACCAGCAUGGGAGCACCGGGAGUCAAUAUGAUGGAAAGAGAACCUGAUCUAAUUUUUGUCAAGGAGGAGACAUAUGAUGAUUAUCCCAUUGGACAGCAGAGGAGGCUCACAGAUAACAGAAAAAUUGUUGGGAUGUUUGAAGAGGACAGCAUGCUUCAAAGAUCAGUUGAUGAUCUGCAAAUUCACUCUGGGGAGUUGAACAACUUCUCCAUGACGUCUGACAGUGAAAUACAUCAACGCACACAGCCAACAAUUAUGGACAAGUUAAUAGACGAUGCAACGAUGAGUGCGCUGGUUGACAACACAAAUCCUCCUUCAGUUGCCACAGAAUACUCAGACUAUACGAACAGUAUCCACAUGAGUGCAACCAAAGAACUCACCCUUCAGGAAAAAACGGUGAAGCCAACCAAACGAUUUGAGUGUUUAUUUUGUGGAAAAAUAUUCAACUAUUUAAGCAGCCUGAAAGUCCACAUUAGGCGACACUCAGGUGAGAAGCCCUUCAGCUGCUCAGUGUGUGGAAAGAGGUUUGCACAGAAGACAUACCUGAAACUGCACCAACGUGUACACUCAGGUGAAAAACCGUACAGCUGUCCAGAUUGUGGAAAAAGUUUUUCUCAGAAAAGCUCUUUGAAUAUUCAUAUCCGGACACACACGGGUGUAAAGCCUUAUAGCUGUGUGGACUGUGGGAAAUGUUACGCAUACAAGUAUGGUUUAAAUCACCACCGGUGUUUCAAUUUGCCAGUCAAACCAGAAGCUUUUGACAGAAGUGCUCUCAGUGCCACACACGGUGGCUCAUCUGCCAACAUGUCUAUUUAAACCUCAACAUGGAUUAAAAAAAAAAUAUAUAUAUAUAUAUAUAUAUUGUAUUCUAUUACAUAAUACUCACUCUAUUACAAAGCCAACUUUAGUACCCAUAUGGGUAUCAUUACUGCUCAUUAUUUGGCAUGCCUUUAGCUUUGCUACAAAGGCAAAUUCAGCAACAGCCAACAACAGUAUGGAAAAUAUGUCCCUUUUUUUAAUGGACUGUUGGGAUUCAGUUUGACUGGUCGCAGUCCUCAAGACAUUUCACAUCAUGCUUAAGGAAAUAUCAGAGAUGAGACAUAAUUUCUAAUCCAUUGCAAAAAAAAUCCAACAAAAAAAAAAAAAAAUUCACUGCCUUUUCAUCCAUGCAUGUAUAACAUGUCGACAUACCUCAUGUUUCAGACCACAAAAGGCUUGUCUAAGAUGGUGCCAAAAGAAUUACUUUAAACAGGUUCUCUUUGAUUUGCACACAUGUAGCAUAAACCGUCAAACUACCUCUUCAAAUCAAAGUAGAAAUGGAGUAAAUCAGUUUGUGUCAUGUUUUAUAUUUCACAUAUGCCUUGACUAAUUUUUAGGCAGUGUGGAUGCUUGUUUCUUUGAAAAAGAAUUUAUUGGUAUUAAAAAAAUGUGUUGGUCAUAUAUUUGAAUAAGUUGCAAAAACUGGUCAAGUUUAAAUAGUGUUACUGUUUGCAAUAAAUAUUUUUAUUGUGUUGAAC